CCCCUGGCCGCCGCGGGACCCUCGCAGGCGCCCCCUCCCCCGCUGCCCGAGGAAGGCCGCAUGGACCUGAACCCGUCCUUCCUGGGCAUUGCCCUGCGCUCUCUGCUGGCCAUCGACCUGUGGCUGUCCAAGAAGCUGGGGGUGUGUGCGGGGGAGAGCUCGUCUUGGGGCAGCGCGAGGCCCCUCAUGAAGCUGCUGGAGAUCUCGGGGCACGGCAUCCCAUGGUUGCUGGGCACUCUCUACUGCCUGUCCAGGAGCGACAGCUGGGCCGGGCGCGAGGUGCUGAUGAACCUGCUCUUCGCCCUGCUGUUGGACCUCCUGCUGGUGGCCCUGAUCAAAGGGUUGGUCCGAAGGCGCCGCCCGGCCCACAAUCAGAUGGACAUGUUUGUUACCCUCUCCGUGGACAAGUACUCCUUCCCCUCAGGCCACUCCACAAGGGCUGCCCUGGUGUCCAGGUUCAUCCUGAACCACCUGGUACUGGCCAUUCCGCUGAGAGUGUUGGUGGUGCUGUGGGCCUUCGUCUUAGGUCUCUCCAGGGUCAUGUUGGGCCGGCACAAUGUCACUGACGUGGCUUUUGGCUUUUUCCUGGGCUAUAUGCAAUACAGCAUCGUGGACUAUUGCUGGCUCUCACCCCACAAUGUUCCAUUCCUCUUUGUACUGUGGAAUCAGCAAUGACACUAUCUCACUGAUGGUGGCACCCGGAGGUCUGAAGGUUUCCACAUUCGAUGAUGCCACGCCUAAACCAGUGGCCUCUCAGACGUUUCGGGCUUUUUGGGGAUUUCUGGUGUCCUGCCAACUUGAUAUGUUACUAAAGCCAGAGCAUGUGUAGGCCAUUACUAAACACAUCCAUAUUAGAGAAAGAAAAAAAGAAUCCCUCUAUUAUAUACCUAUUCAACAACUGUUUCUGUCUCCAGGACAACUGCAAAGAAACCAAGCUGUAGUGGUUUUACGGUUGCUGUUUUUUUAAAGCUGACAUUAAGAUUUGUGCUGUGUAGUAAUCCCAUAAAUCAACAUAUCACUUGUAAAUUGAAUUUUGAGAAAUAAACACGAUCUUCAUUCCAUAAAUAUAUAUGCAGAUAAGCCACAUACUAAUCCUCGUCCUUUUCCUGAGAUAGCUGUGAAACAGUAUUUUAAAAAUUGAAGGCAUAGAUAGGUUUUUCCAGUCUAUUCCCUGAAGAUCUGUUGUCAAAAAUGGGGAAAUUUCUUCUUAAUCCUGAUUUUCUUGGUAAGCUUUUAUAUAUUAUCUCUUCCACCUUUGUUGAUUGGCAAUGAGAAAAGAGAUUAUUGAAAUCUUUCCCUACGCCUUUAGAAGGUCUUUGGAUGUUUUGUUCCCAUGACUCUAAUACUUCUUUUAGCAUUUGGAGAGCAAAUCAAGAAUUUAAAAGGUGGACAUGUCUCAGGUACCCACACAAAAGUAAGUAUGAAUAUGACUUCACACUAAUUCUGUGGACAGCCAGCAGCAUGGCAUGAAAGAGGGCAGAGGAGUUGGCUGCUGGGCAAAGUCAGAGGAGCAGAGGGUUAAAGUUUAGGGUUAGGCUGGCCACAUACUACUAUGUCAGCCAUCAGUGUGACAAGAAGCGGGGCCCUGGUGCCUAUUUUCUCCACUGCAUAGUGUUCCCAGUAAUAAAACAGGAAAAUAACAUGUUUUAUUCCAAUGCACAUGCAUAAACCUUCUCAUAUACACCAUAAGAAAGACCUCUGGUUUUUCACAUGGAAUUCAUUUUCUUGUAAAUAGCAUGCUUUAGGUAACAGUAUUUAACUUGAAAUUCAUCAGGACAGGCUCUUUCUAUAUCAGGUACCAAGUAUAACCCCUAAAUUCUGUUUACAUUGACCUGUACCUUUAAAGCUGUCAUCCAUGGUGUCUUCCCCCAAAUCAUUAUGACUGAAACCCCCAAAUCCAUGGUGGACUCUGCUCAUUAUUUGAUGUGGAAAGACAUGAAAAUCUUUUAAUUACCUAUGGAACUGGUAUCUUCAGGCAAUGACUGAUUGUUUUGGUAUUUGUGAAUGGAAAGAAUUAUAGACUGAUUUGUCAGAGAUCCGGAUAGGAACCUUAGAGAAUGGCUGUGAUAAGCAAGCUCUGAUCAGGAGGAAGUGCGGACUUUGUGAGAAGGAGAGCUAUACCAAAAGAGGAACUGCUACACCUCUAAAUACAGUUAUUUGUAUUCCUACAAUACCCUGAACACUGACCACCUCUUUACUUGCUCAAUCAGCCAUACUGUAAAGCUCUAAGUGGUGUGGUGUGGUGUUUAACCUCAGAGAGAUCCUUAGCUUGAAUCACAGCAAUAUUCAGAGUAGAUAUUGGAAAGCAGUGACAUUUCCUCUGGCAGUGUCUACAAGUCUGAAUACUGGGGCUUACCUUCUUGUCUUUAGUUAUACUUCUAGAUUCCCUGUUUUAAUUGCCAAGGCCUGAGUUUGCUGGCAUCUGAAGCACUGAACGAUUCACCUGACUUUGGGGAGCAAAACCUAAGCAGUGCAGAAUAGAAAACUGAUUUCUCUGUCAGUUAAUUGCACAAUAUAAAUGCCUUUUGAAAUUCAGGAUAAAAUUAAUGUUGAACGAAGUGAGAUAAAAAUGUCUGCGCUGAUAUGGAAGACAUUGGUCAGCUUCUCAAGGGUUCUUCCUGCUCAAUUUUGAGAGCUCGCAAUUGUGCUAAUUGAGAGCACAAUUAAUACGGUCUGGCCUUAUUGGCUGUCAGUAGAGUGGGACAGAAUAAGAAGUUUGUAUUACCUUUGUUUCACGCCUGCAUAUAUGUUGAACCCUCAGCAUUUACUAAUGGUAUGGAAGCUAGCCAGAUUUUCCUUAGCACUAUCUGCUUACCUUGUGCUUAUAAGCAUGGCCUGUACAGAAACCCCUAGGAUCUUGCAAGCAAAGGCACACUAAGGACAGAUUGAAGAAUUGGAAAAUGGAAACUGAAAUGAGAAUGACAGCUCCACAGAAGAACAAUAAAGUCACUCUGCCCCAGCACCUCACUUAGGAAGGAUGUGGUGAAUAAUUAUAAAAUAUUUGUUCAUUGAUUUUCCCUUUUGAAAUUGACAAGCCAAAACCAUCGCUAAAGGAAAUAGUUUAGAAAACAUUUGAUUGGUUCAUAAUGAGAGCGGAUUAUCAGGAAUAUUAUACCCAAACCAAGAAAAUCCUACUUGAAUUUCAUGCAGUGUUUCAAAACAUUAAAAAUUCAUGCUAAAGCUAAGAAAUACCUUGGCUUUGGAAGAAUAAAAAAGUGGGAAGAGGCUGCGCUGAAAUGAAGCUUAGGAAGACAAAUAUAAAGAACCUUAAGGAUAACAAAAUGUUGUGUGGCGAGUCGGGCAGGGGUGGUGAAGACAACCCAAACCAUUUAAGACUCUGACUUGGGGUUUAAGGAGAAGGGGGUUCGUGGAUUUCUUACCGCCCGGAUCUGCAGCUCCACCGCCACUUCCAGAGGCAUCGUUCCCUGCGUGGGCAAAAGGACUGGAAUGACAAGUUCCUUUUGUGCCAAACCUUAAACCAAUUUUCCUAGGGCAGUUGUCCCCGGACGCUUCCCCAGUCCCCUAUCCCCUUGCACCCCCAUGUGUCCCCUGGUCCCUCCCACCCAGACAGGUCUCUCACAGCCGGAGCGGAGGGGUAGGAUUAUAGAAGGCAGAAGCGUCGCGUUGCUAUGGACACUCAAAAGCUCAACCUUCGACCUCAGAACUGGAGCGAGGCCGGCGCAGGCGCGCGCCCCGCCCGGUCUGAGCUGCUGGAACGCGCGGCAGACUGUGGGCGUCCCGGGGGUGGUAGCCUCAGCUGGCUGCUCAGUACUGGCGUGGGAGCUAGGUCUGCACAAGCCACGGGUCCAGCCAUGGGUCCUAGUUUUCAAUCCAAUCGCUAUAAAAUGUUUACAGUUUCCAAUAUGCAUGGAAUGAGUCCCGUUAAAAUGUAGGUACUAGCCAUUUUUAGUGUCCACGCGACCCCCCCCAGACUCUGAAAUUCCUGUAACAAUUUCAAUUUAGUACAGUUGUCUAUGCCUGGAGGUACUCUCUUGUUUAUCUUUAUGUCCUUGUGUUUGGUUUAGAAAACACGGUCACCGUCACUAACAAGAUAUUGAAAUGCGAGCUAAUUAGAA